UGCCUUAUCAGGGAUGUCACAGGUUGGGAGGAAAAUGUAGGGACGGGUUUUGGACCGGGGUUUCGAAAAUUCUCGGAUUUUUUUACAAAAUGAUUAGGAAUUGGUUGGUAAGCUAUGGCAUGUCAGGGAUGUCACAGGUUUAGAAAAAGCCGGGUCGGGUCUUGGAUCGGGUCUAUCUUUUUCGGAAAUUUCUCGGGCCGUGUUUCAGGUUUCGGGUCUAAAAUAGUCUGGGUGACCUUCUCUCCCUUAUAAAUCUCUACCUUUCAGCUGUAGCAGAGGGUUCUCCAUCUUCUCGAGUGCCAGAAGCUGCUCUGAGUCGUUGUUUAAAGCUGAGGGGCUUAAACUUUUCUGACAAUAGAACAGACCGUGAAUGUUUGCGAAAAGAAUUGAUGGAAAAAAUGUCUGUUGUGCCAAAACAUAUUGAUUUUUGUAACAAUGCUAUAAGCCGUGAAAGUGUUGUCUAUCUAAUGCUUAAGGAUUUGAAUGAUGCAAAAAAGGCUUUCUCAUCACUUCAUUCGCAAUGGUUUGAUGGAAAUAUAAUUACAGUGAAAUAUAUUAAAGAUGAACGUUAUGCUGAAAGAUUUCCUGAACUGAAAUGA